CGUGACAGGAGACGGAGUUCAGUUUCUGUUCGCUCGUCGCUGUGCUUCUCCGCGCUGCUGGUUGUGCUGACACGCACAUUCAUGCAUAGAUUUUCCUCAUUCGUUUUUUCAAAAAUGGCCGAGUAGGUAGUUUUAAGCGAGUGUUCAGUUCAGUGAAGUGAAUUAAAGAGUAUUUUCCUAUUCUACCAAGUGUGAAAAAGCUCUUAAGUGGUGUAACUAACUUGCCGAGGUAGUGAAUAUUACGGUUAUUGUUUAGAAAGUGUCCUGUCGGCUGACUGACGAAAAAUUAGUGUGAAUAUCCAGAGAAGGAAGCAAUUUUGUGGCUCUUCUUACAAUAUUCAAUUCUAUCUUGAAAAUCAGUCGAAAGUUCCUUCGUUCGUUCUACCUGCUGCUGAAUUCUGUAAAUUUUCCUUGAGCAUAGGAAAAAAAAUUAAACACAAUCUUUUCAACGGGGAAAGGUUACUGACGUGAUUAAAAUAAAGCGAAGUGAGUCUGUAGCAAGAUUGAAGUAAAUAAAAUAAUUGCAAAACUUAGAUGGUUUUGUGGAACCGGAAACUGUUUCAUCCUUAUUUCCGAUAUUCGAUUGCUAGCAGAAGUUAAAGGGGUUGGUACGAUUCAUCAAAGGAUUUUAGUGACUGACACAGCUAACUAUUUGCACAACCUUUUCGAACUUGGAAAAAAAUAAAGAAGAGCGAAAGAGACCACGAACAGCAAAAAAUCAAAAGUAUCAAACAAAUAUAAAAAAAAUUGAAUUGAUGACUUUAAACUUGUGAUACAUUCAAAGAAAACAUCGUUUAUCGGGGAACGAGGGGAAUAUCAGCAUUGACCGCUCGUAAGAGCACAACACUUUUAUGAAUUGCAGUAACCAGAGUAGUAUGGCUACUCUGUUACAGCAGAAGAAUUUUAUGAAAAAUUUGACUAAUGGAUCAAACAACGUGGUGGUCGUAAAUGGCACCGACGAUAACCAGACGGCGACGAUGGUGGCGGCAGGUGCUACACUGGCCACCGUACCGGGAGCUGCCUCGCGAAUGCUGAUGCCACAUGAAACAUUGGUACUGCCAGCAUCACAUCAGCAACCAUUGAUUCAUCAACAAACAACUAUCAAUAACUCAUUCACCACAACGCUCUCACCUGCUCCCAGCAAUAACUCAAACAACAGCUUUAACAGUCAAUUCAUCAACCAUCUUCAAAAUACGCACCACUUGUCAACGCAGCAGCUUUUUUGUGGCAACAACAGCAGUAGUCAACGUAUAGCAACAACUGCAACACCCACCACUACUUUCCAGAGUUCUUUUUCUAAUACAGAUGUCAAUGCAAUCUAUCGUCCGGCAGUACCUUCCACCGGUACAACCAGCAUCGUAUCAAUGCAAUCUUUUGCAUCAUCUCAACAGCUGCCACACCUAGCGACUAGCGCUAGCUCAUUAGUUUACGUAAAUGGGAUCCAGCAUGGCUCUGCGAUGGUACCAAAGUUAGAACCCAGCGGGCAAAUGCAUUCUCAAACAACGCACCACUAUCUACAACAGACUGUAUCCGAGAGUCAGACUGCCAACACGACAUCAACCGCCGAUCACAUGCGAAACAGUGCCUCGGAGAUUGGUAGAUGUAGUGAUCAGAAUUGUGGUACCGAUGCCAUUGUCAGUAGAUCAGAUCAAUCUGCUUUAACUGCUGCCACCGCUACAGAUACCACAUCAGUUACUACCAUCGACAAUGGAGAUGAGCAACCACAAGAACAGGAACCAGAAUCGGAAAUUGAUAUUAUAAUCAACAAUGUCGUGUGUUCGUUUAGUGUGCGCUGUCAUCUCAACUUGCGUGAUAUUGCGCUCAAAGGUUUCAAUGUGGAAUUCCGCCGAGAGAACGGAAUGGUCACUAUGAAACUUAGACGUCCAUACACAACAGCCUCUAUAUGGUCUUCAGGAAAGAUAACUUGUACCGGUGCAACUUCAGAAGAUCAGGCAAAGGUUGCUGCCAGACGUUACUCGCGUUGCCUUCAAAAACUAGGUUUUAAUGUUAGGUUUAGAAAUUUUCGCAUUGUCAACGUACUAGGAACUUGCAGUAUGCCGUGGGGCAUCAUGAUAGUGAACUUCUCCGAAAAAUAUAAGAAGGAUGCUAGCUACGAACCGGAACUGCAUCCUGGUGUAACUUACAAGUUGCUCAAUCCUAAAGCGACGCUAAAAAUCUUCUCAACCGGUAGCAUCACAGUGACGGCGGCAAGUGUUGCCUAUGUGCAAGCUGCCAUCGAGCACAUCUUUCCGCUGGUUUAUGAGUUCCGUAAGAAGCGUACCCAGCAGGAGAAGCUUGAUAUGAUGAAACAACCCGUAUUCGAUCCGGAGCUUUUGAUCGAGGAAGAAUGUGAUAUCGAGCCCCCUUCGAAGUACCGCCGAACAGGUGGCGAAAGUGAAGAUGACGACGAUGAUGAUGACGAUGCGGACAUCAUGGACGAUAACGACCAUACCGUCGUAAGCGACGAUCACACCAAAGCAAUAUUCACACGUAAAAAUCGUCGCCGAUUGUGUAAAUCGCGCUACAGCAGUUAUCGACAUAACGGUCGAAAACGUCCUGCCGGUAAGGCAGACAACGAUCCCUCCGAGGAUGCGAUGUACAUAUCAGACGAAGGUGUCGACGAUACAAACGAGAGUGAUGAAGAUUAGGAGUUUAGCGGCUCAGUAGAGGAAUAUGAUUGGAAGGGUUCGGAAUUUGUCUUACUUUCAUCGUUUGGCUUUACUCAGUUCAUUGUAGUGCUUGUCUAUUUAUAAAUAAUCGUUUUCACGUUUUCUAUUAUUUUCAAAUAGAAAAAAAAAUUUCCAUGGAGGAUUAACAUGCUACAAGUAAGAAUUGUUUUAUUGAGUAACGUGAGAAUACGUUGAGAAAUGCUUACUGAUUCUUAUGUUUAGUUAUGCUGUAGAAACAAUUUAUACAAACUAUAACAAAAAAUCCUGUGAAUAAUUGUUGGUUUAAACAAUGAAUGAUUCAUUCAGAUUUGCCAGCUGUCACACAAACUAAAUACUUUUUGUACAUAAUAAAACAUUCGUGCCGCAGCAAUACCAGCAACUAAAGGAGUGUACUCUUUACAAAGAAUAUUUUUGCAUCCAUCUGUUUUUAAAGGAAUAUGGCAGUGUUCGAUAAAAAAUUUACAAAAUUUUGUUUUUUUUCUUCAUCUAUAAUUUAUUUGACACGGCACAAAUACAAUUCAAUGUUUAACGGCGCCAAUUAUAUCUGGUAGCUUACUUUCUAAAGUAUCUUAAUAACUAAAAGCAAAUUUUUUAUCCUCGCUGCCGACUACGAGCUGAAACUAAAUCUAACUUAAAGCUAGAAUGUUUUGCAUUAAAGCACUGGUUUGUUGUUUGAUGGUUUUCCAUUGCUAUAGGUAAGCAGCAUAUUGAAUAUGUUCCGCUGCUGGGCCAAGAUAUUACGGACUGGCAUAUUGGGUUGUCUCCCUCGGACCUUGAAAGUAUCGUGCGGGUCUGAUUGCUGUUUUCGGAUCCGGGGUCUUAACGUGUUCUUGUCGUUUGGUUGGAUGUAGGCGGAAGGGGAUAGGACUAAACUGGGGCGUGGAUGGAUUUCAGGAAAACGUAUAUAAGGGACAUGUAGGAUAGGUCACGGCUCGCCAAGACAUCACGAACAGGAACAGCCGGCUGUCUACCCUCGGCCUGAAGGGAAACUAUUAAUUUAAACCUGGCAUCACGGUGUUCAGGGCAUGACCAAAAAACGUGCUCUAUGUCGUGAUAACCUUCACCACAGGCACAGAUACCACUUUCCCCGAGCCCAACACGACGGAGAUGCGCGUCGAAUCUAUAGUGAUUGGACAUAAGCCGGGACAUCACGCAAAUGAAAUCCCGACCUACAUACAACCCCUUGAACCACGGGUUCGUCGAUACCUUGGGGAUUAUGAAAUGUAACUACCUUCCCAGUUCCCCUCUAGUCCAUGAAUUUUGCCAACUGAUGAUCGUAUUCUGACGUACAAAUGCGAAAAAUUCAUUAAAGGCAAUUGAUCUUUCAUAAAUAUCACCGUUUGUUGCGCCCACCUUAGCCAAAGAGUCCGCUUUCUCAUUCCCGGUAUCGAGCAGUGAGAAGGGACCCACGCUAAGGUAAUCUGAAACGAUUUUUCGGAUUAAGUACUCAGAUGUUCCCGUAUUUUCCCCAGGAAAUACGGAGAGUGCUUAACAUCGCAAAAUUUUGUUUUGUUACAAUAUAAUUGUGUAAUUUUAAUUGGGCAUUAUUCUGGUUGGUUCACGUGAAUGUAUAUAGGUAUUUAGGUAUAUAUACAAAACGAAGCCAUCCCAUACGUAAUAAACUGAAAGGUAAAACAGAGUUUUAAUUUUUAUGCCGGAUAAACAGUUUUCGUUGUAGGCUUUUUGAUAUUUUGAUCCUGUGAGUGACCGUCUUGAAUAAUAAAACUUGUUAGGAAUUGUUUCCUGGAAAGACUAAUGCUGAAAGACUUUCUGCGUUCUUCCAGUUAGAAGUCUAUUUCGAUUGAAUUUGAUCGAAGUUGUACAUAGUUUUUUUAAUACAACACUAUUUUUUUCUCUUGGAUGGACAGUUUUUGACAAGAUACUUUGAUUUAUUUUGAUAUGGUUUUUACUGGAUUUAUUCUUGUACAUACAUUGACAAAUAGUCGCGUUCAAGCCGCUCAUUUGGACCUAAUAUUUAUCAGUUCCGCCAGGCUUGAGUUUCUUCUUUGAUUAUAAAACUUUGAUAUCCACGUCUUAAACAAUACUUCGCUGUGCUCGUGUGGUAAUUAGUCAUGCCAAGUCACGGUGCUUGUAUUUGUUUUAUGAAAAAGUACAUUCUACGUAUUAAAGUUUUGAGAUUUGUCCUUGAAGUUUCUCCUUCAUAGUUAUUAAAUAUCAAUUUGAACACCAAACAAAUUCUCAACAAACCUUUCAAACAAAUGGAUCACAAAAGUUGAAAUUAUAUUAUAGAAAGUUAAAACUAUUGUCCUUUUUUUCAAUUUUUCUGUCUAUAUGCCCUUAUUGAAAGAGAAAACUUAAGUAUUGGCAAAUGAUUGCCUGGAGAAAUGUUUUAUCAAUAAAAACUGAUCUUUUGAAAGAUUGGCAACCCUAUAUAAUCGGAAGCAAACGGAGGAAUUCGAAAUAUUAAAUAAAAAAAAACAAAAGUGCUUUUUGUAAAUUAUAUGAUAACAUAUGAAGUAAAUUGUAAUAAGAAUAACAUCAGACAAUUACCAUUUAAAAAAUGUGAAAAUAACAUAGAAUAACACAAAGAGUAAAAUGAAACUUAUAAGAACGAUAAGCAACACACUAUACGCCUUUUCCUUCUAUGUAGCCUAUCUAUUAUAGUUUGAAUUACUGAAUAUUCGAAUUGAUUUGAAUACUGUUACGAACCACGAAUGCAGUCACGUUUCUUAUUUGCGAACAACCGCUUCUAUGCGACAUUUUUUCUUCUAUCAACUGUGCUAAUUCACUAUACAAAAUUAAACAAAUAACAACUAAUAAAUGUUGUUCAGCAUAACGUAAAACGCGGUGAAAAAAGUAGCUGUGUUUAAUAAUCAUUCAGAACAAAAUUACUAGCGAAAACAGAAAUUUGUAAGAAAAUAAGUGACAAACCAAAGACUUAUAAGUAAUUUAUAAUAAAACCCAAAAAAAUGUGAACACCUUACAUAUAUACACACAGAGGAAAAUGAACACAAGUAAUCAAGUAUUGCAAACAACACAUUUGAAAAAUCUUGACGAAAAUGUCAUAAGUGUAAGUGUAAACAUCAAUCCUUACUCGUUUUGUUUACGUUAGCCAUUUACAACGUCUUGACACAUACGUCGACAAAUAGUUCAAUCACAUACUAAGGCAUAUGUAGCAUUAUAUCAUUUUUCAACAGAAGGGAUAGGCUUCAACUAGCUAAGUUUCGUGGUGUUUCGAUAAAUUUGAAUUUCUGAACUUCAUGAACGGUUCCUCUUUUGUUAUUAUUUUACCAUAAGGUAGAUACUCGCUCAGCUAUCUUGUUCAAGUGUGAGCAAUAAAAAUGAAGUUAAAAAAUUCAUUCUGCGAGGUGUUUAACAUUGACAGUGACAUUUGGGUACUAGUACUAUUCGACUAAACCAGUGUUAUAUAUAUCUCAAGUAUGUGGUUGAAUUGGCAAUGUAAUUGCCAAUGUAAUAAUGAAUUAUGUCGUAUAUCAGUUUUCUAGGUUUUAGAUGCAACCCAAUCAAUGUAUCCGGGAUUUUUCAUAUGGCAUCAUUCACGGUAGCUCGGUCUGUUGGAAAAUGGUAAAUUUGGAUAGGAAAAUAUCUGAAGGUUAAGGUCGUAAAAAAUGGGCCUCUGAACAGCGGAAUAUACCGAACGUCCUUUGUGAAUCACGUAAAGAUAAUGUUUUUCAAAUCUCAGAUACGUAUGUGGUUCCUUCUUACGGACUGGCUGUAAAACUGCUAUACAUUUCAAUAUAUUGCAUCUUCACGCACACUGAGCAAUCUCAAAUAGUCACAUCAGAAAAGUUGCACGAAAUACCUUCACUGGAAUCAAGAAUACUGUGCCAGAGUGAUAACUAACAUGAAUAAUUUAUUAAACUAAUUCGGACCAGUCGACUACAUUACAAGCUUAUGAAAAACGAAAUGUCUUGUCUAAAGUGCCCAUAUCACUUUCCGGGAACAGAAUUGUGAUAUCAGUGAACUAUUUCAAUGGCUCUUAUCCUAUUUACAUGGGCUUGCCUUCUAUAAUUCCUGUUAUUUUCUUGAGUUUCGUAAUAUCUUCAACCCAACCAGAUCGGAGAACGUAUUUAAAAUUUUUGAAAGGUCUUUUAUCUGACAAAAAAAAAUUAAAGCAAAUGAUACCAUGAAGACAGUAAAGUUUAAUAAAAUGAUACAGUACAGUCGUUAAUAGGGGUUUACUGUAUAGCCACAUUUUUGAUGCAGUCAAUCCUCACACUAAGAAAAUCUAAACCAGUAAGUGUUUGAAGAAAAUCGGUGUCUUUUUAUAUCGAAGGCAGGUCGAUAACAAUAAAAGAAGCAUGUAAAACCAGAAUAUAAAACGAAUACAACGGAGAGAGAAAGGCAAAAAAGCAAAUGUAACAAAUUUUGUUAUAAGUAGGACAAACUAAUAAUUUUAUAUAUUAUAUUGUGUUUGUAGUAGGAGAACAAAAACUAUAUAAAAUGCCUAAGACUAGAAAAAUGGAAAAGAAAAUUCUGAACAUGUGAGAGAUAAAUGGGAUAGUAAAAAUAUUGAAAACGAUUGGUUAAUCAAUAAAAAAUCGCAAAAUGUUCAUUGAAUGUUUACUUCAAACAUGUAAACAAAUCUA